AUGGUGCCGUGGCGCCGUGCCGCGGCCUGCGCGUUCGCACUGCUGGCGGAUGCGGAGCGCCCGAGGCCGGCGCCACGGGUGUUGCUGUCCAGACCCAGACAGGCGGCAGGUGCGAGAUACUAUCCCGUCCGCCAGCUGCUGGAUUGUGAAGGGUCCAACUUUUCAACCCCCUGGCGAAGCUUCCGCGAGAAGGUCGCGGCCAAUGCACGGGAAGGUUUCCCUGUGGAUGCCGAACUGCUGACAUGGGCAAAGCAGAUCCAUUCGAUGUGGGAGGAUGUAGCGCCGUUGCGCAGCAUGACCCAAGUGAAGGUCCUCACGCGGCAAAGCAGCGUGGAAGACCUGGGCGAUUUUUGCCUCUUUGCCUAUGCAAGUUCUUUGUUUCUGAUUUUUCGUCAUGAGCUCGAACCCAAGCACCUGCAAGAUUUGAAAGAUAUCAUGGGUUGGACGGAGUGGCCACUGGACUUUUCGGAAUCCUCCGGCUGGCCGGCAUAUUGGCGCAUGGCACCUGUGCACAUGGAAAAAAUGUUCCAACGUGGUGAUCUGAGUUUCAGCCUCGAAGAUCCCUGGGGUCGAGAGGAGCAACACUUGCCAACACCCAGCGUGGAGGAGGCUGAGGCAGCGCUGAUGCAGUGGAUGGAAACUUCCAGGUCUCUCAGCCGACCUCAGCCCUUCUCAGCUCAGCAACUGGCGCACCACGUGUCUCAGAGACUACUGAGACUGCUGGUGGCAGGUCAUCAUAUGGGCUCCUCCAUUGAACCCUACACCAUGCUGAAGACCGCCUUGGAAAACGCGAACUUGGACUUAGAGGUGCAGUUUCAUGGACAGCGUCAUCCAACGGUCACCAUGGCCUGUACCGUGUUUGGGUUUUGUCACGAGAACAAGGAGCUCUCGGAUUGGAUGCGGAAAUGGGAAUGGAAGCAUUCCUGGGAAGACGACUAUGAAUGGAUGCGAGACCAGUGGCCAGAGGCUUUGGAAGGGCUGGCUGCGGUUCUGAAGUCCGACAGCUUCUUCUCUCGGGUGCAGUUGGUGGUCUGUGGUGGUCCCGCAUGGUUUUGCACCAUGCUUCGAGCUGUCAAGGCCGUUCCCAUGUUGCUCUACUUUGCCUGGCCCAUGGUGCCACAUAUUCCGCCCAGCUUGAGGCCGCAGUUCCUGCUACAGAUUCAGACCUUGGCACAGGCAACUUCUCCACCAGCAGUCAUGGUUGUGGCCAACUGGAUCCUGGCAGCACAGUUCGCGUUGCAGGUGAGAUUGCCAACACCCGUGCAGCGCGUGCACGGGCUCUACACGCAGCAGCAGCACUCACCGGUGCCUGCGCCCAAUGGCAACCAUCGGAUCAUGUUCAGUCGCCUGGGCGUUUGGACAGGCGGCUCUGGGCCGGCUUUGCUGGAACUGCUCUGGUCAUUCUUCUACGAGGAGAACGAGAAGCGGCACUUCCCUUACGAGCCCGUUUUCCUCAGCGUCCGGGUGAGGGCGGUCGCCACAAUCUUCGACGUCACCUAUGAGGAGAUGUCGCAGUUCUACGCUUGCGUCUAUUGGCCCUGGGAUGUGAUGAUGAUGCUCUUUAACGAGCUUUACACCAUGUUGGUUCCCUUGUUCGUGCCGGACAAGCAGUGGGUUGUGACUUCCAUGCUUUGGGCUCUAAAGCACAGCACACAGAACUGGUGGCACAUCCGAGCCAAGAACGUGAGGUCCACCCUGCCCUCCGCCGAUGGCCCGGACGCGGACUUCCCGGUGCCGGAGCCGUGGAUCGACGACGCAGAGCACCGGGGAAUGGAGCAGGCAGCCUAUUGGUACUCCCUCACAGACUUUGAACAGUUUCCGCAUUUGACGCGCUUCCGCAGCUUCGCCGAGCUGAUGGAGCAGCUUCCCGCGCUGCGAACGGAGGAGGUGACGGAGGGCAUGCGGAAGUUCAACGAGGAGACUCUAGCGUCGUCUUUGGACUUCUACCGUUGGGCCGCAGCAGCCUUGCUCAAGACCUAA